GUUUACGUGUGGUUUACGUGUGGUUCACGUGUGGUUCACGUGUGAUGUGGUCGGCGUGUGGACCUAACUGAUGAGCAUGACAUCCUUGAACCACCUGACACGUGUGCUGCUGUUCACGUGCAUGACAAGCACGUGCGCUGCUUUCCUGGACAGCAAGGGCAGACAGUGCCCCGCCACCUCCUGCCCGACCCUCAGGUGCCCUGACGGCUUGGCCACGGACGUCAACGGCUGCCCGACGUGUCAGUGCCAGACCUGCCCGCCCCUCGUCUGCCCCGACUUCUGCCAGUUUGGCUCGACAACCGACACGGACGCCGACGGUUGUCCGGUAAACUGUCGAUGCCGGAGCAAGGUUUGCCCGACAAUCUCCUGCCUGCCUAGCGUCAGCUGCCCCGAGGGUUUCGCCACGGACGUCGACGGGUGCCAGACUUGCAUCUGCCGGAAGCCCGUCUGUCCCCGGGUGCGGUGUGACGCCGACUGCCCCAGCGGCUUCGUGUUCGACACUAGAGGCUGCCAGACGUGUAGCUGUGUCCAGCGCUGCCCCCGGCUCCAGUGUAACCGGAAAUGUCCGAACGGCCAUCAACUUGACAGCGACGGAUGCGAGACGUGCCGGUGUAAGCCGGAUCGUUGCCCCGUCAGAGAUUGCCGGCCGUGUAGAGCCGGCUACCGGCGGGAUGCCAGAGGCUGUCAAACGUGUGAGUGCCAGAUAAACGAGUGCCCCUUGCGGAAGUGCCAGCCGUGUGACGGCGGGUACGUGUACGACGACAGCGGCUGCCAGACCUGUCAGUGUCUGGCACCGACGUGUCCGAGAGUCGCCUGCAAGUGUCCGAAUGAGGUCAUCUGGAAAAAGGACAAAAAUGGUUGCGACAGGUGCUCAUGCGAACCCAACCCUCUGCAAUGUCCGCAGCUGGUCUGUUCGAAGAGAUGGUGCCCCAGCGGAUUUCUGGACAACGACAGGGGCUGUCCUACCUGCGAAUGUAAGCCUGCAGCCUGCACGCAGGUGGCCUGCAGGUGUCCGUAUGGCACCAUCUGGCAAACUGACGAGAACGGAUGUGACGUCUGCUCCUGCAGGUCCCUGCAGUGUCCACAGGUCGACUGCUGGGGCACGUCCUGCCCUGGCGGCUAUGACGUGGACCCCAGGGGAUGCCAGACGUGUAACUGUAGGAGCCCGUGGCUUAUCGCUUCACGAUAAUCCUUUAGUGGGCGUAUCACGAUAAUCCUUUAGU